GUUCCGUGUCAUAUCUUCUGUCAAUUUCAAACCCAAGUAGGGUUAGAUUUAUUUUUCAAAAAGUUUUUGAAUGUAUUGAACUGGUUUUGAACGGAUGCUUCUAAUGUCCCAAUAGAAAUGGAUAUCGCUAGUUUUUGUAAAAUGCUGCCUGAUAAGGUGGACGAGAAAUUUGAUAGAAAAUGCUCUGAAAUAGCACAGGAGAUAUUUAAAGGGAAUGCUACGAUAGUGGAUCUAAUCGAGCAACUACGUCCGUAUUUGACAAAUAUCGACCCUACGCAAAGAGAACUAGGUGUACUUGCCUUAACUAUAGUGCUAGAAAGCUUACCCAUAGAUUUUUUGAAUGCUCAACAGAUUAAGGUUCUAGCCACAUUUUAUGCUGAUAUAUUAAAAGGUCAUCAUGUGAUUUUGCCCACUGUCUUCAAAGGAAUUCUAAGGAUAAUACAAUUCAAGCAUUUCCCUGAAGAGGUCAUACCUACACUUCUGAACACAUUUCUGCAAAAUGUGGCAUGUCAGCAACAACAACAGGCAGAUAGAUACAGCAUUUAUUGUAUAUUUCAAAAUAUGUUUGACUUAUAUCGUACAGCAUUGUUGUCCAUGGGUAUGGACUUUGUGUAUGUUGUGAUCACUUCUAUAGAUGGUGAAAGGGAUCCUCGCAACCUCGUCUUUCUAUUCAAAUGGUUACAAAGGUUUCUGCAACAUGUAUCAUUGGGACAUCUUUCAGAGGAAAUGUUUGAAGUUCUAGCCUGUUAUUUUCCCGUUGACUUCAAAGCUCCUCCAAGCGAAUCAGCCAUUACAAGGGACAUGUUAUCAGAAGCUCUUAGUCCUUGUCUAUGUAGUAGAUCAGAGUUUGGGGAAUUUGCCAUACCACUUGCUCUAGAAAAAUUGGAUUCGUCAUUGAACAUAGCAAAAUUGGAUUCACUGAAACUUUUGAAAGACGGUUGUGACCACUUCCCUGCUCCCGUCUACAUUGAAAACUUUCAAAAAAUUUGGAAUCAACUUCAUAAAGAGCUAUUUACCACUUCUUCCAAUGAAAUAAGAUCACUUUGUCUCGAGACACUCACUGCAGUUGUCAAAAGAACUUCUACUGAUCCGGUCCAUUAUGUAAAAGUUAAGCCUAUGCUACAAGACAUUUGUGACACAGUAAAAGGAAACUUGUUACCAGAUUCAAAACUUUUCGAACCAUCAGCAGACAUUCUUCUACACAUUGCCAGGGGAUCACAACAUUCUUCUGCUUUGGUAAUCAAGGAAAUAGUGCCAUUCCUCACCAACACAAUAAACAUCACAUCUACAUCACCACAUAAAGAAAAGCUGAUGAAAUAUUUGUUGGAAUUUACGAUAGCUUACUUGACGUUCCAUGAUAGACUUUCUGAUGAGUUAAAUGAUGUGCCUAUGAUAUUCCUUAAAGCUGCAGUGGAAGGUGAUAGAAUGUUACAAGAAAGAGGAUAUGAUUAUUUAGGGCAAAUAGCUCGACAUCUUCCAACUGAAGUCAGAGCUGUAGUUUACAACAAUAUCCACACACUCAUCAUUAAUAACGAUGUCGUAAUGUUGGACUGUUUGAAAGGUCUAGCUGAAGCCUAUCCAGAUGAAGUUAACGCUUCUAUCUUCCAUAAAACCGAGCUGAACUCUGUUCCAGCCGUAACGACUUACCUCAACAGUUUAAGCUAUUUGAUCAACUUGCCUAGGUUUACUGAAAUGGUCGUUGCGAAUCUUUUAGGAUAUUUUCAAAAGCCUGAGUACACGACCAUUGCAGUAGACUGUAUGAGGUCUUUAUUGGUGACAAAGCAAAUGAAUAAUAACGUUCUUGCCGAAUUUAUAAGUAAUGAUGCUGUUGAUAAGCUGGUUAGGUUCAGUUUGGAGCAGACGGCUGAUGAAGGGAUGCUUUUGAAGAUAUCAGAGAUAAUGAAGAUUUUAAUAGGGCUACAAGACAGUGACGUACAGGAAAAUAUUCUGCAGAUGCAUUUGGAGAGGAUACAGUCACAGCUGAAACAGAGGGAGUUGACAGUCAUUUUGUUAGACGGACUGUUAUUGCGGCUGAAUAGAGACGUUCGUAUAAGUUACGAUGUUUUGGAUGUGCUGUUGAACAUGGCAAUGGAAAGUAGAUCAGAGACUGUGAUUGAUACUUGUGUGAAGCUGUUAGCCAACUUGUUGAACAAAAAGGAUAAUGAUGAGAAUUUCCAUAGCUAUGUUGAGCAGGCCAAGGAAAAAUGUCUUGAAGCUAUCUCAACGCGUAAAGAUACCGCACUAUCACUUUUGGUCUGGUUCACUAAAGCGCUUUUAAUGAAAAACUAUCCAGAUUGUUUUAUCUGCGCAGAUCUGUUAUUGAUGCUUCUUGAUCAGUACCCAGAACUUGGAAGCUACUUGAAAAUAAUUAUGAACAGUUCAUAUGAGUGUCUCAGUGAUACAAGCCACUGUAACUGUAUGCCAUUAUACCGUCAGAAGUUCUUCGUAUACGUCACAAAUAAAAUAGCAGAUCGCCUGGAUAAUGUUGUGUAUCUGAAGGUUGUUGGACAUUUAAUAGAAUAUGCUCCUGAACAGGCGGUUCAGUUUCAGUUCAAAAAGAUUCGUAAAAUGAUACUGAUGUGUUUAGAAAAAUGUAAUGAGCCGCCAGUACUUUGUGUUUUACUGCGUUGCAUAAAACGGAUAGUUAAGGACGACAGCGAAGCAGUAGAAUCUAGCCUAGAUGAUUUUUUAUUGCGAGUGCUAAAAUUGACAACCUUCAAGGAUUCUUUGGAUGUUCGGGUGGAAGCACUCCAAUGUCUAUCAGUAAUGACUGUUGCAUUUCCGGUUUACAAACUGUUGCCUCACAAAAACACUGUGAUUCAUCAUUUGGCGGCAUGCACAGAUGACAGAAAGCGGCUUGUAAGGAAGGAGGCUAUGGAUGCCAGAUCUUUAUGGUUCCUGUUGGACGCUCCUGUUUAAUGUCAUUAUUGUUUUUCAUAAGUACUUAUUUUUUUAAGUUUGGAGAGUUUCUUUUUUGUUCUAUUUGAUGGAAUUCAGCAAUAAUUUUAAAUGGCGAAAACCAAAGACAAUUUUUUCCUGUCAGCAGCAUACGAAUGUGUCCAUAGCAUUCUCUUGCUUUACGGAUGUGACAAGUGAUGUUACAUUUGCAGAGUGGUUAGAAUCGCUAUGGGUCUUGAACAAUCAAUAUACUAUAUCUAAUUUGUUUUGAAUAGAAUAGAUAGAAAAGAAAUCUAAACAAAAAUAUUUUUGUCAAUUUGUUAUUUUAGAAUAAAUGCCUUGAAAAUC